AUGGAGCAGGGGAAUGGCGCAUUCCCCGACCUGGCCAAGGCGAACGGUGAGCAGACGGAGGCUCCAGGACAAGGACAAGGCUGGGAAAUGGUGCAUCCUUGGGCCCUGACCCAAGGCAAAGGGCGAGCGGGCAGCAUACUUACCUUUGAAGGGAAGAACUGGUGUUAUGCUUCACAACAGUGUAAAGUGCCAGAUUGCAAAGAACCUCGCCUAUGGGCGAAGCUGUAUUCAGAAUGUGGAAGCAACAAACAAUCUCCAGUUAAUAUUCUCACCCGUCAGGUAAAAUACAACGACUCUCUGAAAGCGUUUAAGUUUAUAAACUACGACGUCAAAUCCGACCGCAAAUGGAGCAUGGAAAACAACGGACACACAGUUGUCGUCCAGCUGGAUCAGUCAGCGAAGGUGGAGCAUGGGGGUCUGAACGGGAGAUACAAGGCGGCGCAGUUUCAUUUCCACUGGGGAAGCGAGAUGGGGAAGACGCAGAGUCCUGGAUCCGAACACAGCAUUGAUGGAGAGAGGUACCCCAUGGAGCUUCACAUCGUCCACAUUAAGGAGGAAUUUAGCAGCACAGCAUCAGCGAUCAAAGGAAAAGGCGUAGCGGUGCUGGGAUUUUUUAUAAAGGCUGGCAAAAAGAACACAAAGUAUGAACCGCUCAUUUCAAAUUUAGAAGAGAUUGGGGCUGCAGGGCAAAAAGUAGAGAUUCCAGCUUUGGCCCUGGAAUCCCUGAUCCCGGACAAGAAGGAUCUCACCAGCUUCUAUCGCUACACUGGCUCUCUGACCACCCCUGCCUGCAGUGAGGAGGUGGUCUGGACCUUGUUUGAGAAACCCAUUGAACUUGAGUGGGAGCAGAUUGAAGAGUUCUGGAAAAAGGUGUAUUUCGACAGCGGGAAGACACUUCCGAUGGUGGACAAUUUUCGACCAGUUCAGCCUCUGGGUGCCCGAACUGUCGAAAAAUCAAACUCAAACCUCCUCCUGCCUCCGCGGAACCUGCUCUUACUGGUCCCAACCGCAGCGGUCCUGGCCUCGGCUUGGAUCUCCUGAAGCAUCGGCUCUGGAACAUUUGAGCAAUUCGCAUCGCACAGCCACAAUCUGGGAUCUCUUUCGUAGGAUGGCCGGGAUUUCAUAGCAGAAAAAGAUUCUCCUGCGUUAAAUUGAUCCAAUGUACCAUGCAUGAAUUACUCUCGUGCAAAAAUCGUCCCGUGGAAAUGAUGCAUGCGUCGUCACCGAAAUUUUAAGCGACCGAACCUAGAAUAUUAUUCUCACCCUGUUCCCACUUCCAGUUAUAAAUCUCUGUUGUUGUAGAAAGUCAAUUUCUCCUUCUUUCUCUUUUCUUCCUUCGCCAUCUGUUCCUCCUCCUUC